AUGAACAAGAAAUUCAACUUUUGCAAUUGGGGAGAUAUGGGGAAAGAUCUCACUUUACAUUUAUUCAUGAGCUUAAGCAUCGUGGAUGUUAUUCGCUGCGGCAGUGUUUGCCGCUCUUGGAGGGAAGCCUCUUCUGAUACAGAACUUUGGAAGAAUAUAGACUUAACUAAGGUGGACUCUUUAAUCGUUCUUCAAACUUGGUCAGACCAUAUUGCUAUGGGAACCAUGAAUGCUAUUUUCAGACGUGGUGGCGAUGUAUCUUGUUUGAUAUUUAACUACUACUUUCACAUGAGGGAUCAUUACUUGAUCCAUGUUUCUAAAAGUAUGCCGAAACUAAAAAGACUAGUCCUACCAGCACAGUACAGAGUAUUAAAAGUGGCUCGAUUUGAAGCUGCUUUGAAGAACUGGCCAGAACUUGAGUCACUUACCAUUCCAUGCAACUUUCCUGUGGAAAUCAUGGAAGUGAUUGGUAAGCACUGUAAAAAAUUCUCUGCGAUGAAACUGAUGUGUAAUUUUUAUGAGAACCACGCAGAAGCAGUUGCUGCCUACCUACCAAACUUGAAGGUCUUGAGCCUUAGGUGCGCUGACAAAGGAGCUGUACUUCACAUAUUGAAAGAAAUGAAGCAUUUGCAAGUGCUCAAUUUAUCUCACUCAUACAUUGUGAAUCACUCUCCUACACUAGAUCGCCGCAUGGUAGUACUCCGUGAACUUGAUCUGCAGGUCACUGAACCAGCAUCAAGGCUGGAGAGAUUUAUUUACUGUCGUAGCAGACUCUACUGCAACACUUGCAGACUUCAGUUAAGCUUGAAUAGAGUGCUGAUACGGUGCAGAUAUGAAGAACGAGUUUGGAGAAUGGAUGAGGUGAGCUCGCUGGCUCAUUGA